CUGGACGUGCGUCCUGUGCGCUGGCGCUCCGCCCCAGUGGUCUCUGCUGGGAGGAGUUCUCCACUUUACGCGCUGAAAAAUCAUCACGGGUGGAAGCUCCUCUUCAUUAACUCGGGAACUGGAGACUCGCGGACAAGCUUCACCAUCUGGUUGUUGUUUGGGAAUUCCUGCUUUGUCACAUAGCUGUUUUGAGUUUUCUGCACAGGAGCCAGUGACAGCUCCAUGUGCGUUUUGUUUUUUUUCUGCUCAGAGAAGUUUCUGCUCAGUUUGAACAAUGGGGUUCGUCAGCUUGGAAUGUCAGAUCUGCCUCUACAGAACUCUGAAGAUGCGUGAUUUCAAGGAACAUAUGAAGUCAUCUGCACAUAUUCUGAAAGUGAAAGAUGUUUUCCCAGAAGAUACAAUCAAGACAGUAGGUUUACCUUUCAUUGAGUUUUUGUAUCCAUCACAACGAGAGAGCAACGAUCCCAUCGUAGGUGUGUCUUUCCUCACUAUGUGUGUAUUUCUGGAUGGAGGACCUUCGUUUUACCUCUGCCACACCUGUGAGAAAACGUGUGCAAAGGGCAAGAUUUUGGAACACCUUUCUUCUGAGGACCAUUACUUCAGUUACUUUAACUACACAAACCCCAAUGCACUGAGUUUUUCCUGGAUAUCAGGAACGGACGUGACAAAGAAUCUGUAUUCUGAGGUCACAGAAGAAACCACAAAAGAUGCACAUCUGAAGCUUUUACAUUUACCUACAAAUCUGAUAAAGGAGCUUAGAACCAGUACCUACUCAAAAGUGAUGGACACUCUAAGGGAAAAUGAAAAGCUUCUCAAGCUGUUUGAAGAUACCCAGCCGAAGAGGACGACAAUACAGACAUACCAGAGGGACAGUAACAGGAAAUACCCACUUCUUGGUCUGCAGCACAUUGUUGAAUGCAUUUGUGUUGGGUCCAGUGAGAAGAGUCUCUUCAUCUGCACACUCUGCAGCCUAACAGUGGCCUCGCACAUGAUCAUCCAACACGUCCUGAGCUUUAACCACGUCUUUUGCUAUUUUAAAGCGUGGCAUCCCUCUACGUUGCGGUCAAAGGAGCGCUACUGCAAGUACAGCACAUUAUUUGCUUCAGGGAUGCUUAAUUUGUCAAAGCAGGCACAGCAAAUUCAUGGAACUGCAAAUACAGAUGUUAAGACAGUGAGCCUGGAGCCUGAUGAAUUCAAGCUGGUGGAUUUCACGCUUUACACAGCAGCUUUGAAGAAACUGGAAUCCAUCACCGGCAGCAGCUUGAUAACAGAUGUCACACCCGGAGAAAAGCUGGAGUCUAGCAUUGCCACACUACCAUCUGCAUCACGACGCAUACUACACUGUCAGGACUGCCGUUUAAAUUUUAAUAAGAUUAUUCUGUAUAUCCGUCAUCUGUCACAGCAGAUCCACAGACGGAAUUUGGUGAAAUACUUUGGCGAAGUUGAAGCUCUUCAUCACAAAGCAGCUGAAGUCUGCCUGGGCUUGUGCGUGUACAUCAAAAAUUGCUUGGCAAGAAAUGAAGCAGCUGUUGGUGCCCACCUGGUGGUGACGAUCAUCACCACACAGGCUGUGCUCGAUCCUGUUUACCUGUGCUUUGCCUGCCAGGAGUGCUUUUCUCAGUGGGGCAUUGGCCAACACUUCACCUCUCGAAAACAUCUCAUCCACACACUGCUGUACCAGAAUCCAUGGCGGCUGCCGUUUGGCUGGGAGGAUGAUGUGGAGGACGGAGAUCUGAUGUUUAUGGCAUGGGAUGAGGAGAAGGCAAGAGAACCACAUCAGAUGAAGAUUUUUGAUAUUCCACACAGGAUUUUACAGAGCUUCAUCCCCCUCAGCUACUCAAAAGUAGUGAAGGAACUCAGACUUCACUACAAUCUCUUAAGACGUGAAGUUCCAUCAUGUCAGACAUACAGCAAACUCCAGGAAAACAAAAGAUUUCCUCUGCUUGGCUACCAGUUCCUUGUCCGCUGGUUCUAUGAUGAUGGCGAAGCGCAGCAGUCAGGAUCUCUGUGUUUGCUCUGCAAGAGGCUGCUGUCAGACAAGGAAUUUUAUGCUCAUAUUUUUAGUCGGGAACAUGUUGCAGCGUUUCUGGACCAUUUCCACCCAGGCUCACUGAAUUCCAGCACCAACAGUGUGGAGAUCUUGUUGGACUUGGCCAAACAGGCAGCAUGCAUUCACCCCAUACGACAUGUACAGGUGGUACCAAUGGAUCGACUCAUCAGGGAGCCAUGUCCCUACCACAUUUUAAAGGACCUUUUGCAAGGUGCAAAGCUGAGAGCAGGAAGUGGAAGCCUUGUACCUUCAAUAUUGCCUCAAAUGAAGCUGGUUCCCGGGAAAACCGUACAAGAAGGGGCCAAGAGCCACGUGAGUGACAAUAGUCAGAAAAGCAGCAGCAGUAACACCACCAAGCUCUGUGUGCCAAGUGGUCAGCAUCAAGAAAACAAAGGUGGAAAGACGACUCCUACACCAAGUGCAGUUCAAUCAGAGAUGAAAAGUGAAGGGGUUUCUAGCUCAGAGGAGAUGAAGACUGCAGAUAAGACAUGUGAGGCAGUAAAAGUGAUGACAGAAGAGCCUACAGUGACAAAACCAAGUGGAGGCAUCCCAGAAAGCAGCCAAAGCAUGGACAGAGAUGAUGGAGCAGAAACGAGUGAAAGUAGCAAAGAAGUCCCAGCACAGCGGGAGAACGGCGGCUACAAAGAGGGUGAAAGAAAACGGUCGAGCAGCAUGUCGGAAGUAGCUCAGAAGACCACAUGUCCUGAUGAGGAUGUGAGGGAAGAAAUGGCCCGUAAGAGACGGCGACUGACCUGUACUGAAGACACAGUGUGUGAAAACCCCCCCAAAGUGCCAAAUAGUGAACAAAAAGGAGUGAACGCAGCAGAUAUGGAGAAAAGACAAGAAGUGAAUAAAGGAUCAAGCACACCUCUUCAAUGCAGCUGUGAUCAGCGCAAACCAAACUGCCUCUGUGAGUACUGCUCUCUGAAGAGUUCAGAGACAGACGUCAUCAGCCACACUGCUGGAUUUGACGACCAAGGGACGUAUGUGGUGGUGGACAUGGAGAUUGACAAUUCAGACGACUCUCAGGGGGCUGCAGACGUGUCUGCAAAGAUUGAUACCACCUUCAAAGCAACCGACGCACCCCCCGAAUUGAAAGGAAAUUACACAACGACCAAAGUGUCGGAGCCAGCUGACAGCUCUCACACUAGUGUGACUGUUCGCCGAGGUAGUGGAGACACAUUCAAUCCAAAUGUGUCCACAAGUGGAACAAACGCGGCCAGUUUGUGUCCUGAUUCCACAUUUAAUGACUGCAAAGCUCAUAUUACUCCAAAAACAAGUGUGGCAUUGUCAAAAGUGACAACCACUUUGAAAAGGGCAGACGCGACAGGAUCCACCUCUAAUACGACCUCAACCACAAAAUCUGCAGCGGUGUCAAGACCCCCAGAAAGCAGAACUGAAAUUGCAGGGACAGUGAAAGCUGCUUCGUGUAGCGUCGCAUCUAAAAUAAGACCCUCAGUGUUGCAGGAAGCCACAGACAGAACUGCAGCUUCCUCCAAAGCUGAAAAUCCUCUGAAAUAUUCCGAAGCUGCGUUGCCUUCAGAAGCUCAUAAAACAUCAGUUAAAUGUGGAAAAAGGGAAGCCUCUGCUAAGACUGUACAUGUGAAGCAUUCAGAAGGAGGAGAAUAUGCUGAUGAUGCGCCACGUCUGCAUAAGAGUAACAAGCUUGCUGCUCCACACUUGACCACAGCCACGACUGACAGGAAGCCGCCUAUGAAACGGACCCAUAGCUUUGGAGAUAAGAUGGAGCAAAAAACAGACAUUCCUGGAAUUGGUUUAAAUCAGCUGAUUUUGGUGUUCUGUGAGGGAAAGAAGCAAAUCUACUGUCAGCUGUGUUCUGUCAAGUUGACAGAGUCGAGUAGGAUUCACUUGACCGACCGGAGACACCAUUUGAAUUAUGUGAAACUGUGUUUCCCGGGACAUAGUCAGAGCAUGGACCAAAUUCAGGAAGCAAUUAAAAACUUGGCUCAGAUGGAGAAAAAACUAAAUUUCCGGAAAAUCCAGGAGAUUAAAGUGAACCAGGAUGUGUACAAUGAGCUGGCUGCUCUUCCAGUGCAGAAAGUGUUGGAAAAAAUUAAGGAACUCAAGGGAAAGACAUACACCCAAGCCUCAUCAUCUUUCGCAGCUGCUCCUGCAGAGACUUCCAAGCGGGAUGCUGCGUGGGCCAGUCCAUGUGAAGUCUCCAGCACAGAUGAUGGGAUCUCUAUGCCCCAGAGUGAAAUGUCAGGACUUUCUACCAAUAACCAGACUGAGCAGGAGAACAAAAACAAGCUCCAGACGCCAAACUCCCACGUCAGUAAGGAAGCCAGUGUUGCUGCAGCUCGGUCAGCCAGAGCCCAGAGCUUUGAUGGUGAAGAAACACAAGCUGAUGACUCGAUUCAGGACCAAUUUCGUCCGUCUUCGAGGUCAAGCGGAAAUUAUUCAGAGCCCAACCCAGGUCCAAGUAUUCAACCCGAGGAGAAGCAAGUCGUCGCUAGGGAGAAACUUGUCAGUGAUAGAAGCCAAAAAACUCCUGACAACACACAACAGCAGAGGAGGAUUAGUGCAGAGUUACAUGCAACACAGAAGAUGCUAGAAGGAGAAAAAACUGAAUUCUGCAGCCGUUUGUCCUCAUACUUGAAAGUAAAGCGUCUUGAUACAGAACUAAUCAUUGGUUUGGGCUCUGUGUGGGAGUGCCAAGGGAUAUCCCAGGAAACAUUCUUCUUAUGUGAGAGCUGCAGUAAGAUGCUGUCUCUCAGGGACAUCUGUCAGCACAUGGUCAGCUCUGAUCACAAGCUCCAGUGCAUGUGGAGCAACCAUAAUGAAAUUAUGCGCAAGCUCUGGCCUCAAGAUGAUGUCACGAAGCAGGUCUUAGAGGACACUCUCUGGAUGAUCUCACAUAUGGAGCGAAAAAAAGUGAUAGAUGCACAGGUUGUACUUCUGGGACACGACAUGUAUGAAGCUGUUCGGACAGCUCCAUUCAGUGAAGCUUUAAAAAUGGUGAAAAACAUCAAGAAUGAAAAGAAAAUGAGCCCCUGCUGUCUACAAACCAGUACUUAUCCACAGAAAAACCAGCAGCCGGAGGAUCGACAGAGUCUAGAGCAGUCUCUCCCCACAGAGAUGAAGUCAGCUGAAUCACUGGAGACAAACCAUGCAGACGUUUUUCCCACAGAAGCCAGCCGAACAGCAGAAAAAACUCAUCUGGAUGAGACUCCGAACGCUGAAGAUUUGAAUGGCGCCAAACAAAGAAGUGUGUCGAGUCCUCUGGAUGUUAGGCGUUUCUCCUCAGAGGCAGAUUCUGUGGUCCCUCCAUCUCCUCCUGCCGGCACUCGUCUCAGCCCCCAAGAGGCCUGCAGUAGCCUUUCUGUAAAACAAGAGUUCCCAUCUCCUCCACCUCCUCAGCUCCAAAGUCCCCCCCACCCGGUGAAAGUAAAACAGGAAGAGCUGCAUUCAGAAACCCCAUCCUGUGCUGCCCCACUUUCUUCGAAGGACAAUGACACAGAGCAUAAAUCUGAUCAAAAAAAGAUACUCAUUAAAGACAAUGCAUUGGGUAAACUGAUAGCUCUGGUGAAAGCGCAUCAGAAGAAACUGUCCUCCUGCAAAUUCGCUCCAGAUCCCAAAGAUGUCAGCUCUGAAAGUGUAUCUGAAAGUAUGGAAGAAAAUUUUGAUUUAAGGCGUGUGAAAACUGAAUUUGAAGUUUGUGAUUCUCCAACAACUACAGGCUGUGAAAACCAAGUCGUCCCCCAAGCCAACUCGGCAUCGUCAGCCAGCAAAUCAUCUUCUGAGGACUAUGUGAUGAGAGGCAACCCUUUGUUUGGAGGGACUGAAGUCAAGACUGCUGACCAGCCUAGUUAUGCAGCCACCAACUAUAACCCAAGACAGAUACUUCAGCCCCAAGGCGACACAAAGCCUAAUAUGCCUGGAGUUUCUCUGUUGCCCAUUAACACCAUCAUAACUGAUAGGCCAUCAUCCACUAAACACAAGUUUAUGGGCAGCUAUAAAGUAGAGAACCACUUUAAGAUGAACACAGGACAACAGGUCGGUUUGUCCCCAUUUCAGUCAGCAAACCCCAGUGACACUAUGGCAGCUUGUGGAGGGUAUGGUCAAUCCAGCCAUUCAGUUUAUCUUCCUUCUCAGCCCGUUUCAGGUUACACAACACCAAGCAAUCCUGUCGUCCACACUGGGAGUUUGUAUCAGCAUCAGGAGUAUCCUACAAUGCAGUUCUACACAAACCAGCUUCACCCAGAGCAGGUAGUAAACCCAUAUGGUUUCCAGUCAUUUGGGACUAGUUUAGCAACUCCGAUGCCCACAGGAUGGGGGAGCCUGGAAAUGCCGCUGCCUCACCCGCAGCAGCAGCAGCUAAUGCAGCAGCAGCUACAACAGCUAAUGCAGCAGCAGAUAACGAAGGAGCAGGAGAUCCAACAGCUCCGGCUGCAGGUACAGCAGCUUCAACAACAGCAGCGAGAACAGCCUGAGCAGCAGCAGGUCCAGGUCCAGCAGCAGCAGGUCCAGGUCCAGCAGCAGCAGCAGCAGGUCCAGGUCCAGCAGCAGCGGCAGCAGGUCCAGGUCCAGCAGCAGCAGCAGGUCCAGGUCCAGCAGCAGCAGCAGCAGGUCCAGGUCCAGCAGCAGCAGCAGGUCCAGGUCCAGCAGCAGCAGCAGGUCCAGGUCCAGCAGCAGCAGCAGGUCCAGGUCCAGCAGCAGCAGCAGGUCCAGGUCCAGCAGCAGCAGCAGGUCCAGUUUCAGCAGCAGCAGGUCCAGUUCCAGCAGCAGGUCCAACAGCCCCUCUCAUGGGUAUAUACCUGGGAAAGUUGCCAGUGAUGAUGUCAACUAAUGCAGUGUUUCAUUCACCUCCUCAGCCGACAGAUUGGAAACAUUAGCUGACCUGAACAAAUUCAGCACCAACACUGCAGUACAACACAAACAUAACACAACCAACAGGAAAUCUUCUCCCAAGCAUGUGCAGAUUGCAUGCUUGCCUCUAGCAGGGGCUGUUACCGCUCAGUCUCCCUCCCCCCAGUGCUACUUUUUCAACAUACUGUGAACCGAUUAAAAGUGCUGGUUUUACACUGAAUUUGCGAUUUCUGUGCCACACCAGUGAAGUAUUUUUCUGUAUUUGCCCUUUGUGCACAAAAUGGAGUUCUGCUUUGUUAUAAUUAGAUGACUUGUUUAAAAUCACUUAAAACUGUGGGUAAAACCCUAAAAAAGUAUUUUUUUACUAUGUUUUUGACGUGUUCAAAGCAGUUUUUGCAUUAUCCUUGAAGGAUGAGUUUUGAAAAAUGUUCUAUUUGUUGUUUGUUUCAGUUUUUAUCAGCUGUAAUUUCCUGUAAAUUUUGUACAAGUUUUUUAUUCGUAUUUUGUUCACGUUAAUAAAAUGGCUUUAAAUCUGA